UAGAGAUGGGGUUUCAUCAUGUUGGCCAGGCUGGUCUCAAACUCCUGACCUUGUGAUCUGCCCGCUUUGGCCUCCCAAAGUGCUGGGAUUACAGGCAUGAGCCACAGCGCCUGGCCCACAGUACCAUUUUUAUACCUAACAAAGUGAUUCCUUGGUACACUUAAUACCUAGGCAAAAUCAAAUUGUCCUGAAGGUCAUGAGUGUCUUUGGACAGUAAUUUGGUUCUAAUCCAGGAUCUAUAUGAAGCCCACCCAUUGCAUCUGGUUGUUGUGUCUCUUUAGUCUCUCAAUCUGGAGCAAGCUCCCCUCCCUUCCCCAUUUCCCCAUGUAAUUUAUUUAUUGUAAAAAUUGGGUCAGUUGUGCUGUAGAAUAUUCUGCCUUCUGGAUUUGUUUGUUUCUUUCUGUGGUGUCAUUUAACUUGUUUUACUGUACUCUAAAUGGAACCCUUUUCCUCUGUUUUGAGCGGAAGUCUCAGAGGCUAAACUUGAUGUCUGUGUUAACAUAUGUCACAUGUAUUACAGUGGAGAAAGCAGGAUAUGGCUCAUAAUUACAGUGGUGAGAAUGAUGUUGCUAGUUAUCACCUACAUGAGGGUUUGACAUAGGUCUAUGUUACGGGUCACUGCAUCUGCUGGAACUCACAGACUUUACUAUACAGAAUCAAAGAUCCCAUAUCUGAAGUCUAUGGAAAUGCUCAUGGUGGUAAAUUCCGACAGAAUGAAACACCAAACUUGCUUCAAGUAACUCACGUUUCAACUUAAAAGAGACAUUGUCAAAGUUGGAGGCCCCUAGGUUCCCGUCUGUUCCAAAUCUUUGCGUGAUGACAGUGGUUUCUCUGAUGUGGUAAGCUUUGGCUUCCCUCUAUUUUCUUUCUAAAUGAUCACUGGAGUAGAGAGGAGUUAAACAGACAUGACCUAUUACCUCUUGCAUGACCUCCACAGAUAGCAAACUGGGCCAACAUGGUUGACGAUGUCCUUUUCUACAAUGAAGUUAAUGAAAGUUCUGAAAAUAAUGGUUACUUUCUGACAUUGAUAGGAUUUAGGAAACGUUUGGAUAAAUAGCUUAAGCAUGGCUGUUUAUGUUUUUGCUAUAGAUAAAAGGCAGCAGCAUGUACACUGUAUUUGGACACAAGCCUGCCUCCAUUAAUAUAUUAAACUAUUGGACCACUGGGGUUAGUAGGGAGCAGUCUGUACCCUUUCUGAUACAGCAUUCAGAAACAUUCUAGUUAGACUCUGUAGCUUUCAGUUUUGUAGUUAUCAGCAAAAUAUCUGGAGCUGUAGUAGGGUUUGGCCAUCAUAGGUGAGCUUUGUGUUUCAAUGCCAGUUACUCAGGACUAGUAAAUUAAUGACACUGUGCAGAGGACUUAAGAGUCACCAAGCUGCUGCGCCUGCCAAUGGCUGACUCUCCCUGGCUAUCUGUGGCUGAGGUGGUGUUGCCCAGGUCAUGCAGAGCAUGAGCUGCUGCUCAAAGAGCACAGGAGAUGGCCCUUGGGCUUCUCAUCCUAGGAUGCCCAUGCUACCCACCAAUCCAUGAGAAGAUAUGUAUGAUUUCAGUAGGCCUUGGAUCAGCUUGUCUACCUGAUUUCCUGUUUCUUUCCACUCACUUAGCUGGAGUUUCAUUUUCAGACUAAAGUCUUCAUCAUUGGCUUCAGAAACAGCAUUCAUCUGUGGCUGUGCUGAUGUAGCACACCAAGAACAACUGGGCUCUUCUCUGUCGCUUUCAGUGGGCUACCUCCCCUCACCUCUCCAAGCAGCAUGAAAUAAUUCUUUACAUUUUUAAUCUCUUUUCUGUUUUUCCCUGAAGGUAUGUUUUGGUGCUUAAAGAAGGAAGUCACAAAAGUGUACUACUGAGUUUCCUGGAGAUGAAAUCCUGUUGUGCCUAGCUACGUUGAGUGAACACAGGGAUCCCUGAUGCCAUUAUUUUGUAUAUUCAUACGGCACACACUUACUGAGGGCCUUCUGUGUGCCCUAGGGGAUUGGGCACGGUGACAUAUCAGGGCAGGUGGAAACAGAUGGAGAGCUGAUGCGGGCUCUCUUGGAGCAGCUGCCCCAGGAGGCCCCUGUGGAUGGAUGUUGGGCAGGAGCCCUGAGACAAUGGGGGCAUAUAACUAAAGGAUAUAGGAGGAGCUGAUCCCUGAGGGAAACAAUGUAGAGGGAGAAGAUGGGGCUAAAGUUUGAAUUGUGGGGACGUUAAUCACAGUGAUUCUUACAACUUUGCUGUUGAUGAUUUUAAACGGAGAAAAUGAGUACAUAAGAUGUUAUUUCCCAGUUCAGUAUUGGGAAAUAUUGGUUGCCCACAAGACUAUUUUCCUACCACGAAUGGUCAUAUAUCCUUGAUGUAGAAUACCAGGAACAGCAGAGAUGGUGGGGCGGUUACUUCCUUUUCUUAUAGCCCAAGAACUUUGUUGUCCAGGAAAUUGACCAAUUUAGCCACUGAACAUUUAAUUCAACACAGGGCUACCCAGAUCCCACUGUCCUGAUUUGCCCUGAAAGGCAAAGGAGUUAGGAGAAGAGGCGGGGAUCUCACUAUGUUGCCCAGGCUGAUCUCAAACUCCUAGCCUCAAGUGAUCCUCCCACCGUAGCCUCCCAAGUUGCUGGGAUUAUAAGUGUGUUUCCAGUGCUGUGCCCUGGAUGUGCUCUCUUUCCCUUAGAGCCCAGAGAACUUGCUUUUCCCCCUUAUAUGACCCUUAACCUUUUCUAACACAUUAUUAAGGGCCUGUGUCUAUCAGCUGGGGGCACUUCUUGAAGUGAGGGCCUUUGUGUGGUCUGUUUCUAGUGAAUUCCAGCUUUAACCCAGAGCCUCGUGAUUGCUGGGUGCCCAUAGCCUUCUUGCUGAAUGGAGGCACAGUCUCCUUGGGAAGAGAGAAUCCAUGAUAGACCCACUUGGGAGCUCCCCACUUCAGGUGCCUGCAGACUGGUGAUGCAACGGAAUGCCCAAGAGUGACCUCAUAAAGCAAGGAUUCUCUUCGUGGCCCCUUCUCUGCUGCCUCUCAGAAUCCAGACGCUAAGGAAAAUCCCUAAGCAGAGAUUUUCUGUUGGAUGCCAAAAGCAAGGAAUAGAAGCUGAAAAAUUUGGAACAUGUCUCAACACCGUCACCAGAGGCGGUCGAGAGUCAUUUCUAGUUCACCAGUUGAUACUACAUCGGUGGGAUUUUGCCCAACAUUCAAGAAAUUUGAGAGGAACGAUGAUGAUUUUCGGGCAUUUGUGAAGAGAUUCAUAAUGAGCCAUUUCUUUAAGAUAAUUAUGAUCAGCACUGUCAUAUCGAGUGGCUUUUUUGUGGCCUUGGGGACCAGUUAUGACAUGAGAUACCACUUCUCCAGCCUUUUUGAGCUCUCGGAGAUCUUCUUUAUGUCCAUCUGCACAUCUGAGUUGUCCAUGAAGCUCUAUGUGGACCCCAUCAACUACUGGAAGGACGGCUACAACCUACUGGAUGCGAUCAUUAUCAUCAUUAUGCUUCUCCCCUAUACCGUCCGCGAGCUCAUGGGCAGACAGUUCACUUACAUGCAUAUCGUUGAAGGCCUGCAGUCCCUGCGCGUCCUCAAGCUUAUCAGCUAUAGCCGGGGCAUGCGGACGGUGAUCACUGCCAUGGGACAGACAAUCUACCCUGUGGCCUCUGUGCUCCUCCUGCUCUUCCUCCUCAUGUUCAUCUUUGCUGUCUUGGGCUUCUGCCAGUUUGGAUCUGCAGACAACGGUGACCACGAUAACUGGGGGAACCUGGGUGCGGCUUUCUUCACCCUCUUCAGCUUGGCCAUGGUUGAUGGCUGGACAGACCUGCAGAAGCAGUUGGACAUUCGGGAAUUUGCUUUGAGCCGCCCAUUCGCCAUCAUCUUCAUCUUGCUCGCCUCUUUCAUCCUCCUCAACAUGUUCCUGGGUGUGAUCGUCAAGCACACGGAGGACGCCAUCAAAAAGUUGGAGCGAGAGCGGAUGUUGGAGCGGCAGGCGAAGCUCAUGGAAGAGAAGCAGGUGAUUCUGCAGCGGCAGCAGGAGGAGAUCAGCAGGCUGAUGCAGAAAAAUGCUGACUGCAAAAGUUUCAGUGAGCUGGUGGAGAAAUUUAAGAAGACCUUGCACCACACUGACACCAUGGUCUUGGAUGAUUUUGGCACUAGCCUACCCUUCAUCGAUAUCUACUUUUCCACUCUGGACCAGCAGGACACAACUGUCGGCAAGCUUCAAGAGCUGUACUAUGAGAUCGCGCAUGUGCUGGAGCUAAUGCUGGAAGACUUACCCCAAGAGAAGCCCCAGUCCUUGGAAAAGGUGGAUGAGAAGUAGCUGGGCAUGGGGACGCCCAUGUGCUGAGAGCCUUGCAGACUAUGCCAGGUCCCUGUUAAACACAGGCUUUCUGAGGUGUCCUCUC